UGUGAGGCUGAGGUCCUGAGUGUCCCAGUAGAGGGGCGCAGACGGGGAACAGCCCAGACACUUACUCAUGGACUGGAACACCGGCCUGCUAAAACAACACAUCAGGGAGAUGGACAGGAGAGUGACAGAAACGUUAAGGUCAUUUUCCAGACAUUUUGAAUAAAGUUAUGUCCACUGCUGGAAGUCGUUCUCUCUCGCGCUCGCUCUCUCUCGUGUUUGUGUAUGUAUACUGAAGGAGUCUGCUUGCUGUAAAGCCCUAUCUAAACCAUUUACAAUUGUUGGCCCCACUCUCCAGGCUGCCAUCCACUCCCAGUUAGACGGGGCACGAACAGGCCUCAGUCAGUUCCACUAUGCCCUGGGGGACAUGAUGGACAUCCAGAACUCCCUGGCAGACAUCAGCAAGGACUGGAGGCAAAGCAUCAACAUCAUUGAAUCCUGA